AUGGCGAAUACUAGUCCGGCAAGUUUUUGGACGCAAGCCAAUGCGUUACUUAGGAAGAAUUUAACCUACCAGAGGAAACACAUAUGGACGAAUGUUCGGCUCAUCUUGGUUCCACUUUUCCUCUGCUUAAUUCUGCUGGCGAUUCAAAAAGUUCUUGAUGCCUUGAUGAAGAGUGUAUCUGAAAUGUCUAAUAACUGUGAAAGCAACGCUAGUUUACUUGGUAGUAUAUGCCCCAUCCCAAACCCUCCAAUGUUGCCUCCGAUGUUGCAGAUUCCAGAAAAUGGACUCCGAUCUGUUAAGGCCGAUUUCUUUCCCUACAGAGACCUCCCUGACAAGUCAUGCAGAGAAACAGGAUUGUGUCCUGUAACGAUACUUGUCACUGGUGAUAAGUUAUCCCUUGGAAAAGCUUUAUCCGCGAAUAUCUUGAGCACUUCUUUUGUGGUUAAUUCCUCUGACCUCUUGCCUACUUUAGCCUAUAACGUCUUGGGUUCAACAAUAGGAGCAGGCAAAGACAAUUAUGAAGAUCCAGGGACUGCUUUCCCAAUUUACAGUAUCCAACCUUCGUGUAGUAAAGACUCUACAUGGCCACUCUCAAUCGGAGGAAGAAAAACAGAGGUGACGUGUGUUCAAGGGUUGUGUCUCUGGAGAAAUAACUCUGUAGAGGUCAAUGAUGAGCUUUUCAAUGGUAGUAGGAGGGGAAACCCUGCGGGGAUGACAAAUGAGGUCGCUGCAGCAUACGAUCUCAUGAGCACGGAUAGGAAAAACUUCAAUGUGACCAUAUGGUAUAACUCAAGCUACAAAGAUAAUGAGUCUGACGGGCGUGCAAAGCUGCUCCGAGUUCCCCGCUCUAUCAAUCUGAUAUCAAAUGCUUAUCUUAAGUUUCUAAAAGGCCUGGGGACAAAGAUAUUAUUUGAGUUUGUCAAAGAAGUUCCAAAACAAGUAACUAAAAACACUCAAGACAUUGCCUCCUUGCUUGGUCCACUUUUCUUCACUUGGGUUAUUCUUCUUUUGUUCCCCGUGAUCUUGACAUCAUUGGUGUAUGAGAAACAAGAGCGUCUAAGAAUUAUAAUGAAAAUGCACGGGCUAGGCGAUGGUCCAUAUUGGAUGAUUUCUUAUGCCUAUUUUCUCACCAUAUCUAUGUUGUAUGUUGCUUCUUUGGUGGGCUUCGGGUCUGCUAUAGGGCUUAAGUACUUCCGGCUCAACGACUAUAGCAUUCAGUUCGUUUUCUAUUUUAUCUACUUAAAUCUGCAAAUCUCCAUUGCCUUUCUACUUUCUUCGAUAUUCUCAAAGGUUAAGACUGUAACAGUCGUUGCUUACAUACUGGUGUACGGAACUGGGCUCUUGGGAAACUUUCUUUUCCAACCACUGCUUGAAAACCAAUCAGCCUCUGAAGAAUUGAUUAUUUGCUUGGAGUUGUAUCCGGGAUUUUCUCUAUACCGAGGGUUGUAUGAGUUCUCGCAAUACGCCUCCAGGGGAAACGGGAUGACGUGGCAAGAUCUCAACGAUAGUAGAAUGGGUGAAGUUUUCUGUAUCAUGUCUGUAGAGUGGUUCCUUGCUCUCAUUGUAGCCUACUAUAUCGAUCAGGUUUUCUCAUCUGGAAAGUCCCCUUUCUUUUUCUUGGUUAACCCUUUCAAGAAACCUUCUUCCCUACCAAGGAAGCCUACUGUGCAAAGGCUGGAUUCUAAAAAAGUCUUCAUAGAUAUGGAAAAACCUGAUGUCACUCAAGAGAGGGAAAAGGUCCAAAAGUUGAGGAAUGAAGGUAGCACAGGGCAUGCGAUCUUGUGCGACAAUCUCAAAAAAGUGUAUCCAAGUAGAGAUGGUAACCCGCCAAAAAUGGCAGUAAGAGGGCUGUAUCUAAGUGUGCCUUCAGGAGAAUGCUUCGGCAUGCUUGGACCUAAUGGUGCUGGCAAAACUUCCUUCAUCAGUAUGAUGACGGGGCUCCUCAGACCUUCAUCUGGAACAUCCUUGGUUCAGGGUCUGGACAUAUGCAAGGAUAUGAAUAAAGUUUACACGAGCAUGGGCGUAUGCCCACAGCACGACUUGCUUUGGGAGACGCUAACAGCAAGGGAACAUCUUCUCUUUUACGGGAGACUUAAAAAUAUAAAGGGCUCUGACCUAACACAUGUAUAUAUAUGUACUUUAACACCUUGA